AACGUGGCAACUUGUCCUGGUUGUUGGGACUCUGAAGAUCCUUUGUGAAGAAAGGAUCUUUUUUCUUGUUUAACAGUCUUUGUUUUGCUGCUGAAUUAAGCUUAGUAGCAAGUGUGUGUGAGAGAGAGAGUGCAAUCAAUAACAGAAAAGAUGAAGAUUUAUGAGGUUCCUUGCUUAGAAGAUAACUACGCCUACCUGAUCAUAGAUGAGGCCACCAAAGAAGCUGCAGUAGUGGAUCCAGUUGACCCCGAUAAGAUUCUCCAGGCUGCUAAUCAUCACGGUGCUCAUCUCAAGCUCCUUCUCACUACUCAUCAUCACUGGGAUCAUGCUGGGGGAAAUGUGAAGAUGAAGGAGCUGUUCCCUGGUAUUCAGAUCUGCGGUGGUUCCCUUGACAACGUUAAAGGCUGCACCCAUCAACUUGAUAAUGGUGAUAAAUUGACCCUUGGUUCUCAUGUUAACAUUUUGUCUCUCCACACUCCUUGUCACACCAAAGGUCACAUAAGUUACUAUGUCACUGGCAAGGAGGGAGAGGAUCCAGCAGUUUUCACCGGUGAUACGCUCUUUAUCGCCGGAUGUGGGAAAUUUUUUGAAGGCACGGCAGAACAGAUGUAUCAAUCACUUUGUGUAACAUUGGGAUCAUUGCCAAAACCUACUAAAGUCUAUUGUGGUCAUGAGUACACUCUGAAGAACUUGCAGUUUGCUCAAACAGUUGAGCCAGAUAAUGUGAAGAUACAGCAGAAGCUACAAUGGGCUCAAAAACAGCGGCAAGCAGGGCUCCCUACCAUCCCCUCAACCAUUGAGGAAGAGUGGGAGACAAAUCCAUUCAUGCGUGCAGAUCUUCCAGAGCUUAAGGCAAGGGUGGGUUGCGAGUCUCCUGUUGAAACCCUUCAGAAGAUAAGGCAGCUGAAGGACAACUGGAGAGGCUGAGUCAGGAUGCUCCGUUUUCUUUUUGUCUUUCAGUCAAGAGCGUGGAAAAAUUGAACUUUGUAGCUGUGAGAUUUAGAUUAUGGCAAUGUGUUGGAUGGAAGUAUCAGGUUGAUAUGUAUUAUGCUGACUGACACUUGUUUGAUGUUUUGGCAAUGGAAUGAAUUUAAAAAAGUGCUUGUGAAUAA